AUGGCUCAGCCACUAAUCCCUCGUGGACGUGCAAGACUGCGGUGGACUGGCGCUGGCAGACUCCGGGCUCCUGCUCCUCCCUCUCCCCCUGCUCUUCCUUCCACCCGUCAUCCUCCGCCUCCGCCUCCGCCUCCUCCUCCUCCUCCGCCUUCACCCGCGUCCGUUGCUCCCAAUCGACUCCCAGCAAUGCUAGGCAGAAAAGUUUCCUCAGCUGAAUCUGAACCGCCACUGCUCCUCCCUCCGUCUCCACUUCCCCCUCCUCCUCCAUCUGCCCUCUUUUCAUCCCUCCUCUCCUUCCCCUCCCUCCUCGCCUCCUUCUUCCACAUUCAUCGCGACCGCAUCCUCCUAUCAGCACCAAUUUCCUCCUCCUCCUCAUCCUCUUCCCCACUUCCUGUCUCCUCCUCCUCCCCUUCCUCCUCUUAUUAUUCUCAUUCCUUCGUUUCCUCCUCUCGCUCCUCCUCCAUCGGCCUUCUCAAGAAGAAGGCAAAGAAAAGGGCCCCCCCAGCCCCCGCUGCCCAGCCAGUCCCGGGGCCGUACAAUAUCGCCAUGUUCGAACAGGUGGCGGUGUCUGGUUGGCUGGGCAUGGUGAUUGCGCUGCAGGCGCAGCCAAUCAUUGCGAACGUGGAGGCGGACCAAGCUUCCUUCAUUGAAUACGCUGGGGGCUACAUCUAUGCGGACCCCGACUGUUUUAUAAAUGGGGUGGUGAAUCACAUAGUGCUGCUCGUGGGCUACAGCAUGUCAGGCGCCACGCCCUACUUCCUGCUGCAAAACACCUGGGGAGACACCUGGGGGUCGGGCGGCUUCAUGCAGAUGGCCAUCGAGUCAGGUGACGGCAUCUGCGGCAUCAACACAUCACCAGCUCUUUACCCGGUAGUCCGCGGCCCCAACCCGUGUGUGCCGAACCCAUGUGGAGGCGGCACUAUUGAAGCAUCACACGCCUCCUCUAAAACUGCAUCUCCUCCCCCCGUUCCCCCCUCCAUCCAUCCCCCUUCCCCUUCCCUGCCCUCCUGCCCCCUCACUUUUGAGGCGCCUCAAAAGCCCUCCUGCCCCCUCACUUCCACUGAAGCCAUGUUCUCUGAAUGCGGUCAACCCAUGCCAGCUGGGCACGUGUCUGGACGAUGGCAGAGGGGGCUACAAAUGCAUCCCCUCCCUUCCCUCCCUCACUCCCCUCCCUUCCCCGUGUCCCUCCCUUCCCCGUGUCCCUCCCUUCCCCGUGUCCCUCCCUUCCCCGUGUCCCUCCCUUCCCCGUGUCCCUCCCUUCCCCGUGUCCCUCCCUUCCCCGUGUCCCUCCCUUCCCCGUGUCCCUCCCUUCCCCGUGUCCCUACCUUCCCCGUGUCCCUACCUUCCCCGUGUCCCUACCUUCCCCGUGUCCCUCCCUUCCCCGUGUCCCUCCCUUCCCCGUGUCCCUCCCUUCCCCGUGUCCCUCCCUUCCCCGUGUCCCUCCCUUCCCCCCUCCCCCCCACCACCACACCAGUGAAGCCAUGCUUACUGAACGUGGUCAACCCCUGCCAGCCAGUGAAGCCAUGUUCUCUGAACGCAGUCAACCCCUGCCAGGUGGGCACGUGUCUGGACGAUGCCAGAGGGGGCUACAACUGCAUCUGCCCGCCGGGGUUCUUCUUUGAUACCAAGCCCGACAACACUCCCUCCUGCAUCCUCGGACCCACGCCGGGUGAAAUUGAGGUUGUGCGGGGGCUUACAUGCGACCUGGUCAUGUCCACCUAUGGCAUCAACCUCACCAGCUUCACCCAGCUCAACCCUGACUUAAACUGCAACCGGUUGCAGCUGGGAGAGGAAAUCCACAUUGGUGACACCAACCCGUGUGCUACAUCCUACACUGUCGCAUCAUCUAGCGAUACGUGUGCAUCCAUAGCAACAGCGUUUAACGUCACACUGGAGCAGCUGAAAGAGAGGAAUCACGAGCUUAAAUGCAGCAAGCCACUACAGAUUGGGCAGCAGGUGUGUGUGGUGAGGGGCACAGCCGACCUGCCUGUCUGUCAGGAGUAUGUGACUGUAGCGGAGGGGGACACGUGUGACACUAUAAUGAGAUCCGCGCGGCCGCCCCUGACCAGCCAGGAGUUCUAUGCGCUGAAUCCGGGCAUCAACUGCAACGUGGGGGACCAGAUUCUGCUGGGCCAGCAGAUCUGUACUCGUGGUGGUCAAUCGAGUGUUCUGCUGGGCGCUUCGAAGUGUGUUACGAAGUCUUGUCGUUUCGUUUCUCUCGUGCGAGAAUUCGGACGGACGCAGUGCUUGCUCCUGCAUACGGCGCACCUGCCUUUUCCGCUAGAUACCAUUAAAAUGGCUGCGAUGCUGACUUCCAGCCUCUGCAGCAGCAAUCCAGCUGCGAGGCUUUUUCCGAGCUUGAAGCCCGCGUUAUCCGCAAAUGCCAUACAAGCACUCACCUCUCGUUACAGUCACUCACCGCGCCAUCUGUCAAGCUGCACCAAUCGCAGCCAGCGGCUCACUGUCGUGGAAGCGUCGUCUGCCAAUCCGUCUCAAAUCUCGUUUGCAACAGCGGUCGAGAGCCAGCCGACCCUCUUCCAGGCGAUCGACUUCAAGAAGCUCCAAAACGGAAGUGACAUAAGGGGAGUGGCUAUUCCGGGGGUGGAGGGCGAGCCCGUGACACUAACGGAGCCGGCAGCAGAGGCCAUCGGCGCGGCCUUCGCUCGGUUCUUGAGGGGGAAGAAGGAGCAGGCGGGGGAGAAGACUGAUGGACAGCUGAGCGUGUCGAUCGGGCAUGACUCGCGAGUGUCCGCCGAUGUGAUCACGGCAGCAGUGGCGCGUGGACUAGCAGGAGAGGGCGUGAAGGUGGUUCGGUUCGGCCUGGCGUCCACUCCGGCCAUGUUCAGCAGCACAGUCACGGAGGAUGCUAGCCUGCACUGCCCCAACGACGGAGGCAUCAUGAUCACAGCCAGCCACCUCCCCUUCAACCGCAAUGGGCUCAAGUUCUUCACAGCGAAGGGCGGCGCCAACAAGGCGGAUAUCGCGGCCAUCCUGGCAUCUGCCGCCCAGAUCUACGAGUCCAUGUCAGCAGAAUCCGUGCGGGCCAAUCAGGAGAAGGCGGAGAAGCAGACAGUGGACGUGGACUAUAUGAAGAGAUACGCUGCAGAUCUAGUUGACGCUGUCAGGAAGGCGGCUAAGGCUGGAGAUCGUCCGUUGGAGGGUUACCACAUCGUUGUCGAUGCUGGUAACGGAGCAGGGGGCUUCUUCGCUGCCGGGGUGCUGGAGCCUCUAGGAGCCAAUACUGCUGGCAGUCAGUUCCUUGACCCCAAUGGCCUGUUUCCGAACCACAUUCCGAACCCAGAGGACAAGGCAGCCAUGGAGGCGAUCACAGGCGCGGUGCUGAGGGAGAAGGCGGACCUUGGGAUCAUCUUUGAUACUGACGUGGACAGGGCUGCCGCCGUUGAUUCGUCCGGCAAGGAGAUCAACCGCAACCGCCUGAUCGCUCUCAUUGCGGCGAUCGUGCUCGAGGAGCACCCAGGCACCACAAUAGUCACGGACAGUGUGACAUCUGACGGGCUGACCACAUUCAUUGAAUCUAGGCUCGGCGGCAAGCACCUGCGGUUCAAGCGGGGCUACAAGAACGUGAUUGAUGAGGGCAUCAGGCUGAACUCAGUGGGGGAGGAGUGUCACCUCGCCAUGGAGACCAGCGGCCAUGGGGCUCUCAAGAAGAACAGAUGGCUCGAUGAUGGUGCCUACCUCAUGGUGAAGCUGCUGGUGAAACUUGCAUCGGCAGCAGGCAAGGGGGAGGCAAAGGGCAGUGCAGUGCUGACUCGCAUGAUAGAGGACCUGCAGGAGGCUGACGAGGCGACAGAAGUCCGGCUGCGAAUCAACCAGGACCAUGCGGACGUGGCAUCCAUAGGGUUCCGUGCAUACGGGGAGAAGGUUCUAGAGGCUCUCACAGCCAUGGUGGAGAGCGAUGCUGCGCUCUCCAAGGCGCCUGUCAACUACGAAGGGGUGCGGGUGUCCGGGUUCGGUGGAUGGUUCCUGCUGCGCUUGUCUCUCCACGACCCUGUCCUGCCACUCAAUAUUGAGGGGCCGUCCAGGGCAGCCACUAGGCGGCUGGCAGAAGCUGUUGUGUCUGUGACGUCCCAAUUCCCCGCUCUCGACGCAUCUGCUCUUCACAAGUACAUUGACACUUGCAACCACAAUUGA